AAGCGUAUUUGUGAUUUCAGGGCAGAGAGCAAAGUAGUGGGGGAGGACACACACACGCUUUGCUUGUACGGCCAUGGCGACAAGACUUCCCUCAUGCGAAUCGUCGCCAUUUCUCCAUCGGUUUCAUCGUUGCAUCGGGAGAAAUUCCCAGAAAAGAGAAUAUUUCCGGAGUUCGCGGCGAGCUUUAACUGUUACUGCAAUGUUUUGGAGGUCCAAGAAAUCUGCGGAAGUACGGCAAUUUGAUGUUUCACUUGGUAGUUUUGCUCUAACAGAAUCCGGAAUUGAGAAAGCUCCGGAGAAACAGCCGAUGAAUAAGUUCAUAUCACUUGUGGUCGUUUCUUCGAUAUUGGAGAUACCAUCAGCUGAAUGGGAUGCGUGUGCCAGGGAUGCAACAGGACCUGAAAAGUAUAAUCCAUUUCUUUGCCAUGGCUUCCUCUCAAGUUUAGAAGAGACUGGCUGUGCUGUGAAGGAAACAGGUUGGACGCCAUGUCACAUUGUUGCAAAGGAUGAAUCUGAGAUUAUUUUGGGUGUUGCACCACUUUAUCUUAAAAGCCAUUCCUAUGGUGAAUUUGUUUUCGAUCAUGCCUGGGCUGAUGCAUACUACAGUUUUGGAGCAAGAUAUUACCCUAAGUUCCAGAGUUGUGUGCCGUUCACUCCAGUUACUGGUCCCAGGAUUCUAGUCCGUAAUAACCCUUUCAAAGAUCAGGUCUUUGAUGCCAUAGUCUCUGCUAUGAAAGAUCUUACUGAUAAGUCACAGAUUUCAUCUCUGCACAUUACCUUUCCAUCUGAAACCGAAUGGGCUAGAUGUGCACAAAAAGGCUUCUUGCAGAGGAUUGGAAUGCAGUACCACUGGACAAACCGUGAUUACAAAAGCUUUGAUGAGUUCUUGAUGGAUAUGAAGCAAAGCAAAAGGAAAAAUAUCCGUCAGGAACGCAAAAAGAUUGUUACGCAGAACUUGAAAAUGAGACGACUCCGAGGGCAUGAAAUAAAGGCUAGGCACUGGGACUCCUUCUAUGGCUUCUACAGGAACACAACUGAUAACAAGUGGGGUAGCCCAUAUUUGACAAGGGAGUUCUUCCACAGCUUGGGAUCGAAGUUGGGAGAUGAGGUGUUACUUGUCCUUGCUGAAGAAGGUGAUGAACCUGUUGCAGGAGCAUUAAACCUAAUUGGAGGAGAUACCAUCUUUGGGCGACUUUGGGGAUGUCGCCCGGAAUCCUACUACCCUAGUCUCCAUUUUGAAGCAUGCUAUUACCAGGCAAUAGAAGCAGCUAUAGAACUUAAUCUGAAAACAGUAGAAGCUGGAGCUCAGGGUGAGCAUAAGGUUCAGCGAGGCUAUCUACCUGUGAAGACUUUUAGUUGUCAUUACCUGGCUGACGUAAGUUUCAGGCAAGCAAUUGAGGAGUUUCUAGCACGAGAGUCAAACCAGGUUAAUCUGGUCAUGAAACUGUUACGUGAAUCCGGACCCUUCAAAGAGCAAGCAGACUCUUAGAUUAGUCCGGACACCCUCCGUACCAACAUCGAGUUUAUGUGCUACAAACAUGAGCGGAAAAGUUGCAGAUAGCAAACCGGUUUGGUUUAGCAAAAGCUGUUUAGUUUUAAUUGGAUAUUAUAAAAAAAAUUAAAUUUUUAAUAUUUGGGUUUUCUAAAA